AUGUGAAGACGAACGGCUCUGUGGGAGAGGAGCCGGGAGAUGUCAUCCUCACUACACCUGUGCUGCCGCCUCCUGGACGGACGCGACUCCUCUUUGCAGCGACUGUACUAUAAGUGAACGGACAGCUUAUGAGCUCCACUCAAAGCGAGAGAAACACACACGAGGAGCGGGAUGGCGCGGAUAGAAGUGGCGCACCUCCGCGCUCUUCUGCUGGCGCUUCUACUAACGGGGACCGUGUCGGUCUACGGGAACAGAGGGGCGACAUUACCCGACGAAGAAAGGGCGACGAAAGAGGGAGAUGCGGAGACGCCAUGUGAAGUGAAAACAGUCACCGUCUCUACCCUGCCCGUACUCCGGGAGAACGAGUUCAGCUUCACCGGCGGAGCCGCUGGGAACGUGGCCGGCGGAGGUGCAGCCGGUGGCGCAGGUGGCGGUGCUGUUGGUGGCGGCGGUGGAGGAGGACCAGGAGGAGGAGUAGGCGGAGGAGCAGGCGGAGGGGGGGAAUCCCGACUCCUGUUAUUCGUUAGGACCGACCUACCUGGGCGAAUUUCAGUAAUGGAUGAUCUUGACAACACAGCUCUCCCCUACUUUACGCUGGAGAUGUCUGGGAUGAGUGAAGACAUCUCCCAGGUGCACUGGAAGCAGCAGUGGUUGGAGAACGGGACGCUGUACUUCCAUGUGUCAAUGACUGAGUCGGAGCUCGUGGCCCAGGCGACGCAGCCCACGCCCAGGGAGCCCGCUCACGUCCUCCACGAACACAUGCACCUGCUGCACAUCUCAGUCAUGGGAGGCCUCAUCGCGUUCCUCCUCCUCAUCCUACUCUUCACCCUGGUCCUUUACACCCGUCACCGAUGGUGCAAACGUCGCCGCGUCCCCCAGAAAAGCGCGAGCACGGAGGCCACCCACGAGAUCCACUACAUCCCCUCCGUCCUGCUGGGCCCCCAGGGCCGGGACAGUUACCGAGGCUCCAGGAACACUCACCAGCACAGCAGCUCGGUGAUCGGCAUGCCCAUCAGAGAGACGCCCAUCCUUGAUGAUUAUGAUGGCGAUGAGGAGGAGCACGGAGGACACUCCCUGAACUCCACUCCCAACCAACUCCACAACAAGUUCAAUGAUGGGAAGGUGCAGGAGGACUACGGAGUCAACAUGGGCAUGGGGGUGCACACGGGGGUGAUGUGCAAAGACGAGGAGCUGAAGCAUAACUUCGACAAGCGAGCUUUGGACCCAAACACCGAAUCAGUGGAGGACUUGAUGCAGAGAUUCCAGGACAGUUUCCGUGUCCCCAACACACCAAAGGACAUGUCUCACUACCAGCAUAUAAUGCACAGCUCAUCCACGGGCCGACGAAGGGUCCCCAGCCACCCACCAGCACCCGGAGGCGUGUUCGGACCCCAAGGAGAAUCAGGAUCAGAGCCUGAAGAUGACGGUCAAAUGAAGUUCUACACAGAACAGCACCGAGGACGGAGACGCAUCAAAGGCCACCCACACAGUCCCCUAAACAAGGUCACCCUGACACUGAUCACCAUCAGCACAUGUGUCUUUGCCAUUGUCUACGCUACGCAGGAAUCCUGCCCCCUCACAGUCAAGGUUACCCUCCAUGUGCCGGAGCAUUUUGUCGCAGAUGGAAGUAGCUUUGUGGUCAGCAUGGGGAGCUUCCUGGACGUGUCUAACUGGCUGAACCCCGCCAAAUUAACCCUCUACUAUCAGACCAACUCAUCCACACAGUGGGUGCAGGACUUCUGCGGCCAGAGGACGACUGAUCCCUGUGAACAGAUAUGCGACCAGGACACAGGAGAAUGCAGCUGCCAUGAGGGUUACUCCCCUGAUCCGGAACAUUCACACCUCUGUAUUCGCAGCGACUGGGGUCGCAACGAAGGUCCGUGGCCUUAUGCUAACUUGGAAAAAGGCUAUGACCUAGUUACAGGAGAGCAGGCCCCAGAGAAGAUCUUCAGAUCAAUCUACAGUCUGGGCCAAGGGUUGUGGCUUCCAGUCAGCAAGAGCUUCGUGGUGCCACCGGUGGAGCUGUCAAUCAACCCUGUCGCCAGCUGUAAGACGGACGUGUUGGUUUCUGAAGAUCCAGGGGAGGUCAGGGAGGAGGCCAUGAUGUCCACCUACUUUGAAACCGUGGAAGACCUGCUGGCAUCUUUCGGGCCUGUGCGUGACUGCACCAAAGAUAACGGUGGCUGCAAAAAGAACUUCAAGUGUGUUUCUGACCGACAGUUGGAAUCAUCUGGCUGCAUGUGUCCUGAGGGGCUGAGGCCAAUGAAAGACGGCUCAGGUUGCUAUGACUACUCCAUGGGCAUCGACUGCACGGACGGCUUCAAUGGAGGCUGCGAACAGCUGUGUCUCCAGCAACUCGUGCCCCUGGAAGAUGACCCCAGUUCCAGCAAUGUGCUUAUGUUUUGCGGGUGUGUCCAGGAGUACAGUCUCGCAGGGGACGGCCGCUCAUGUCUCCUACAGUCAGAUAACUGUGAGGGACCAAAGUGUCCCAGACAGGACGUCCGAUUCAACGACACGCUGUUUGCUGAAAUGCUGCACGGAUACAACAACAAGAGCCAGCAAGUGAACUUGAGGCAGAUAUUCCAGAUGACCUUCCGUGACAACAAUUUCAUCAAGGACUUUCCGCAGCUCGCCGAUGGUCUUAUGGUCAUCCCUCUGCCGGUAGAAGAACAGUGUAGAGGGGUCUUGUCAGAGCCCCAGCCCAACCUGCAGCUCCUUACAGGGGAUGCCCAGUUUAAUGAGGCAGUGGGCUACCCAAUGGUCCAGCAGUGGAGAGUCCGCAGCAAUCUGUAUAAAGUCAAACUUAGCUCCAUUACACUGUCCACAGAUUUUUCCAAAGUGCUGAAGACACUGUCAGCAGACAGCACAAGAGACGAGCUCCUGGUGUUUCUUCACAAUUAUGGCAGCCACUAUAUGUCAGAGGCUCUGUAUGGUUCUGAGCUGAGUUGCAGCAUCUACUUCCCCAGCAAGAAGGCCCAGCAGCAGCUCUGGCUGCAGUACCAGAAAGAGGCAACGGAACAGGGAGUUGGACGGCGAGAACUGAAGUCGGUUCCAUUCAUCAGCUACCUCUCUGCACUGCAGAAAAGCCAGCUGCUUUCUGACGACAUCGUGGACGGUGUGGAAAUCCGCUGCGAGGAAAAAGGCAGUUGUCCAACAGGCUGCCACCUGUGCCAUCACCAAGCCGUGACGGGUGGAGUGACGGGCAGAGGCCGCAUGAGUAACAGCAGAAGCGGAGAGCAGCCCUCGCCCAUACCUGUGCUGCUGGAAGUCAGCCGCGUGGUGCCGCUAUACAGUCUGGUUCAGGACAAUGUCACCAAAGAGGCCUUCAAGAGCGCCACAAUGAGCUCAUACUGGUGUGCCGGAAAGGGCGAUGUCAUUGAUAACUGGUGUCGCUGUGACCUGAGUGCCUUCAGCAAAGAUGGCCUGCCUAACUGCAGCCCGCUCAGGCAGCCCAUUUUGCGUCUGGCCCCUUAUCUGGAGCCCUCGAGCACAAUGGUGGCCGUGGAGUGGAUGGACGUGGAGCCUCUGAUUGGCUGCAAGAUAUCGGACUAUAUUAUCCAGCAUAAAAGAAUGGAAGACUCGACCGAGGCAGACGUCUACACAGGCGAGGUUUUAAGUCUGAUGGAUGAUCUGUUCUCUGGAUUGGGCUCAUCCUGUGUUGUUGCUGGGAGGAGAAGUGGAGAACAUCCCCACUCUGUGCUUUAUUCUGUGGUCUUCAAGUGCCUGGAACCUGACAGUCUGUACAAGUUCACUCUCAAUGCAGUGGAUAGCCGAGGCAGUCACUCUGAAUCCAGUUUCGUAACUGUAAGGACAUCAUGCCCAAUGGUGGACGACAGCCGGGCAGAAGGUACUGUUACUUUAUGUUAUAAGAAUUAAUUUAAUUAAAUUAAUUACUUUAUAUUAUUUGAAAUUUGACCAAAAACAUGGUUUGAUUUGUUUUCUUUUUGUUUAUUCAUUUUGUAUGCAACACUUCAAAACUGUGUAUUGUUUUUUAAUCAAUGUUUAUAACAGAAAUUCUAUUUAAGAUAAAUUACAUUAUUUCUUUUGUAAUUAAUAAAUAGCAGUGG